UCUGCCUCCUGACGACAAGUUGCUGCAGUUUUACGGAAGAGAGUUACUGCCGGUUCUCCCACUGUCACUAACAUGCGGGAUUACGAUGAAAUCACCGCUUUUCUCGGAGAGUGGGGACCCUUUCAGAAAAUUAUCUUCUUCCUCUUGAGUCUCAGCAUUUUGCCCAAUGGUUUCUGCGGAAUGUCCAUAGUUUUUGUCGGGGAUACUCCUGAACACCGCUGUUUCAUUCCCGGGAACCUCAACCUCAGUGAAGCGUGGAUGAACCGCACGAUCCCUCUGGAACAAGACAAGGACAAACUCCAGUACAGCAAAUGUAGACGGUACCGGUUGGAUGUGAUCAAGAACCUCUCGGAGAUAUUCCCUGACCCGGAUUCCGUCAAUAUUUCUGAGGUGGGACAGGAGCCCUGUUUGGAUGGAUGGGUGUACAGUAAGGAGCAGUACAUCUCCACCAUCGUCAGCGAGUGGGAUUUGGUGUGCGACAAUGACUGGAAAGGGCCAUUUUCUAUGUCAGCAUUCUUUGUGGGAGUGUUGGCUGGUUCCUUUGUUUCUGGGCAGUUAUCUGACAGGUUUGGAAGGAAAGUAGUUCUGUUUGGAACUAUGGCCAUACAGACUGUUUUCAGCAUAAUUCAAGCAUUCUCUCCAAGCUGGGAAAUAUUCUGCUUUCUGAAUUUCAUUGUAGGCCUUGGACAGAUUUCCAACUAUGUGGCUGCUUUUGUCCUUGGAUCGGAAAUGCUUGGAAAAUCAAUUCGGGUUAUGUACAGUACAGUGGGAAUCUGCAUUUCUUUUGCUAUUGGCUAUAUGCUUCUGCCUUUGGUUGCAUACUUCAUAAGAAGCUGGGGGGCUCUGCUUUUGGCCUUGUCUAUCCCUGGUGUGUUCUACAUUCCUUUGUGGUGGCUUAUUCCUGAGUCUCCACGCUGGCUGCUGACAACUGGAAGGGUACAGGAGGCUGAAGCAAUAAUCCAUAAAAUGGCAAAGAAAAAUUGUGUUACUCCACCAGCAACACUAUUCAGUGACUUUGAGCUUGAAGAUACGAAGUCUAAAAGUAAACAGUCUCAUGCAAUUAUUCAUUUGGUUAAAACCUACAAUAUCCGAAUGAUCACAAUCAUAAACCUUCUUGUAUGGAUGAUUAUGGCAGUUGGAUACUUUGGCCUGUCUUUGAGCACGCCCAAUCUCCAUGGUGAUGACUAUUUGAACUGUUUCCUCAUGGCUGCCAUCGAAGUUCCGGCCUAUAUAGCAUCUUGGCUUUUCCUCCAGAAGUUUUCCCGAAGGUUCAGCCUUUCAGGCGCGUUUUUACUUGGCGGGGUUGUCCUUUUCUUCGUCCAGCUGAUACCUCCAAAUCUUUCUGCACUUGCCACAGUGCUGGUGAUGAUUGGAAAGUUUGGGGUGACAGCUGCCUUUGCCAUAGUUUAUGUCUACAGUUCUGAACUGUUCCCAACUGUGGUAAGAAAUAUGGGUGUCGGUGUGAGUUCUAUGGCCGGCAGAUUUGGAGCCAUCGUCUCGCCUUACAUUUUUUACCUUGGUGUUCAUCAUGAUUUUCUCCCUUUUAUUGUGAUGGGGACUUUGACAGUGUUUUCAGCAGUUUUGGUUUUGUUUCUGCCUGAAACAGUCAAUAUCCCUCUCCCAGAAACAAUUGACCAAAUGCAAAAGAUUAAGGGGUUUGAUUGCAGAUGUAUUCACAGAAUACAUGACGAUUUACAUAAGAAUGAAACAACUCAAGAAACUUUGGUGAUGGUGCGUACAAAGGAGGGAAAUUAACCCAACCCUAGCAGCAGGUCAGCAGUGGAGAAAUGGACAAUGAGUAUUUUUCAGUUGUUACCACAGAUCAACGCCAUCUCCUGUUGAGUUAAAAAUCACACAACGCCAGGUUAUAGUCCAACAGGUUUAAUUGGAAGCACACUAGCUUUCGGAGCGACGCUCCUUCAUCAGGUGAUAGUGGAGGGCUCGAUCGUAACACAGAAUUUAUAGCAAAAAUUUGCAGUGUGAUGUAACUGAAAUUAUACAUUGAAAAAUUGAUUAUCUGUUAGAAUACAGUGAUAGUUUCACUUCUUUCAUGUGUAAAUGUGUAAACUUUUUUUAAAAGUUGCAUUCUCGGGUUAGCUGUUAACAAUCUCCUAUUGAAAUAAACUUAGCAAUGCAAUCAAGAUACUCAGGGAAUAUUGUUAUAUCAGUCAGGUAUGACAUUAUGAAUUUACAUUUUCUCACUUACAUUUUUACAAGGGAUGUAUUUUGAUCUAACUUAAACUUUAGCCAACAGUUUGAUCUUAAAAUGUACUAUGUCAGUUUUGCCAUUUGCACAACAGCCUGUUUCACUACUGACUGAAAAUAA